AUGGCCUCCGACCUUUCUGCGCUUUUGACCUCGUCGAAAGCUCUGACCUCGCACCUCUCAAGACCCGACCUCCCGCAUGUCAACCUUUCGCUUGAUCAAAUAGAGGCGCAGUCAAGACGCCUUGUCGCUCGCCAGUCAGGUGCUGCUACAGACAGUGGGCGCGCGAACUAUUUGCUGGCGCAAGCGCACGUUGAUGCACCCGCUCUUGCCAACGCCAUAGCGCAUCUAAACACCUCCACCACAUUCUCGCCACUUCGCCCACUUCAAGACACAGAUGUUGCGGGAUAUUUACGCCACGCGCACGAACAAAACAUCAUAUCGACUAUUGAGGAGGCCCGGAGGGAGACCCAGGAGGACUUUUAUCGAAUCUUGGAGGAGAGAAGUCGAAAAGACUGGGAUGCGCGCAAAAAGAGGGUAUUCGAAGAGCUCGGGGGACGCGUCGCGGGUGACAAUCAGUCGCUGGCUAAGUGGGACAAAAAUCAGCGCGGGAGGAAUUCUUUAGCACUCAGCACAGGCCCAAGCCCAACCUUGCAAAUGCAGAACAAGAUGAUGGCCUACGACCGCGCCAUAACCGAACUCAACGCUGCGCGCCUACGCGGCGUCUCGUACCCUAUUGUACACGCCCUCAUCCAAGCCUCCUUGACCGUCAGCCCAGAAGCAAAUCAGCAGAUCAUCCAAAAUUUCCGCAUCCUCGCCAAGAUCACUGGCGAGCCGCCUGCGCUGCCGCCGCUUGAGCACGCGGGCGCGCACAUCCUCAACACGCCACUCUUCGAGCGCAAGCACGCGCGCGCGUACCUCGGAGACCCGGCAUCCCGCGACGCUGUAGACUUGCGCCGGCAGAUCGCGCGAGGCGGGCGUGAGGCAUUGGAGGAGCAGUACUUUGAUGUGCUGGACCGCGCAGUGCUAGCGCGGCCGUUCGAGGCGAAACUGGGCGGAGACCCGAGCGUCGCGAACAAGGUGCGCGCGUUCCUAUUGGUUCGGUAUUACCGAAAUGGAGAGUGGCAGGAUCGGAUUGAGUUGGUUGGCAGUCAGCCUCUCUGGGCCAAGCUGUACUACUUAGUGCGGACGGGCCACGCUCAGGAAGCGCUUGCGGAGGCAUUCAAGUACCAGCAAGCAAUUGAGCAUCGAGAAGAUAGCUUUGUGUCACAUUUCAAAACUUGGGUAGAGUCCCCUGACAGACGGCUUCCAAAACCACAUCGCGAUCAUAUUCAGUCGAUAUACAAUGCGCACAUGCUUCAUUCCACGACUGUUGACCCUUUCAAAUUGGCUCUAUAUAAGCUGAUGGGCAGACUGGACCCCUCGAGACGCACCGUGCCUUUGGUCACUGCCACGACUGAAGAUUGGCUAUGGUUCCAGCUUGCGAUGGUUGAUGAGGAGGAAAACGGCGGCCUUCGCGGUCUGGCAGAAACCUUGCUUGGAUAUGGAGAGCGACACUUCGAGGGCCCGCCCGGCCAGAAGGCGGGCAAGGUCGGUUUAUGGGCCUCCAUCUUACUCUUAUGCGGCCAAUUCGAGCGGGCUGUUGCAACAAUGUGGGAAAAUCCCGAGACCGAGAUCGAAGCCGUUCACUUGGCCAUCGCGCUUUCAUAUCAUGGCCUGCUCCGUAUGCCCUCUCGAAUGGAAACUUCGGACAUGACCCUGACGUUGACCCCCAAUGGACCUCCUGCGCUAAGCCUCCCCACACUCAUUUGGCGCUACGUUCGCCAAUUCGUCAAAAUGGACGCCAAGGAGGCGUUGCAGUACGUCUACACCGUGUCACUCAACUCGGACCAAGCGGGUGGUAUUGGGCAAGAACAAGUGGAGAAUGCCCUUGAACUCGUUCGCAGGAUCAUCAUCCUCGCUCAUUCUGGCCCUGCUUGGGAUGAACUCGUCGGUGGCUUCCGAGCCGAUGGCACACGAUUCAACGGCGUUAUCGAGCAAGGCGCUGCACUGCUCAAGCUCCAGGACUCGCGGCAGUUCAAUGAACAGAUCCUUGUGCGUGCGGCGAAGCAUUCCGAGGAGAAUGAUCGUGUGCUGGAAGCUAUCAAACUGUAUAACCUCGCCGGCGAUUACAAGACCGUAAUCGUCUGCCUAGCUCAGGCGCUCGGCAAUACUGUGGCUCAGCCAAAUGGAGGAGGCGAAAAGGGUAAGGCCAUCGAGCAGACCGCCACGGAGAUUGUCCGACAUUAUGAACGCACAAACCGAGCGGUAGGUAAAGAGAGAGAGACCGUGAUCCGGCUCUUGCGCAUCCGUGAAGCUACGAAUGCGAAAGCGGAUGGGAGGGUGGAGAACGCUCUGGAGAUCCUGCAGUCGACGGAUCUGAUACCUCUCGAUGGAGAUGUGGCUAAGAUUACGAGACGAGCGGAAGAAUUCCGGGAUCUGCACGAGGCUCUGCAGCGCAAUCUGCAAUCCUAUCUGUCGCUUACGAUGGACUGUAUUGCUGCGGUCUAUCAGAGGACUAAAGCAUCAGGCGUGUCAGACAGCAGUCGACAAGCGAGCCUCGGAUCUUUGAGAAAGAUGUCACGAUCGCUGAUGAUGUUCGCCGGCAUGCUCAGGUAUCGCUUGUCCCCGGACGUGUAUUCGUAUUUGGCAAGGUUGGACGUGGAGAUCGCGCUCUGA